AUGCCACAAGUGGUUCCAUUUGGGAAAGAGUUUCGACAAAAAUACUUCACGAAUCUAGAUUCUGAUGUAACUCCAGUCAAUCAUGGCUCUUUUGGACUUACUCCUGAUCCUGUUUUCGAAUCAUAUCAAAAAAAUCUCAAAAGAGAUAACAGGUAUCCGGACAAAUAUAUUUUAUACAAUUUUAAAGAUUGUUAUUCGGAAUCAUUGACAGAACUUUCAAAGGUGUUGGACUCUCCAAAAGAAAAUCUUGCUUUAGUAACUAAUGCUACAACUGCUGUUAAUGUUGUUUUGAGAAGUUUCCCAUUCAAAAAAGGAGAUAAAAUAUUAAUAUUAUCAACCAUUUAUGGUGCUUGUUUCAAUACCGUCAAGUUUUUAGAAAAUAGAGUCGGAAUUGUCCCAAUAACUAUGAUUCUCAACUACCCUCUUGAUGAUAUCGAAAUAAUUGAGAUGUUUGAAAAAAAGUUACAAAAUGAAAAUAUUAAAUUAAGUUUAUUUGAUACAGUUUCCUCCAUGCCAGCUGCUCGUCUACCUUUCAAAGAAUUGGUGGAUUUGUGUAAAAAAUACAACUGUCUUAGCUUAGUAGAUGGUGCCCAUUCAAUUGGUUUGGUGAAAUUUUCCUUAUCAGAAUUGAAGCCCGAUUUUUUUACUUCCAAUCUUCAUAAAUGGUUUUUUACACCAAGGCCUGCUGCAUUUUUAUAUGUUGAUCCUAAGCAUCAUAAAAAAAUACACACGUUUCCUGUCUCACAUAGCUAUCUUGAUGAUGAUGAAAUAUUGGUGGAACCACUAGAAAAGACUAGAUAUUACGAUAGGUUUGUGUUCGUUGGAAGUCUGAAUUAUGCUGCUUAUACAAGCGUUGUUAGUGCAAUUAGGUUUAUUAACGAAUGCUGUGGUGGUUUGGAUAAUAUUCUUGAUUAUAAUUAUAAUUUGGCAGCAAUAGUUGGAAAGACAAUAGCUCAAAGGUGGAAUACCCAAUAUUUAGAGAAUAGCAAAAAUACUUUGACAACAGCUAUGGUAAAUGUUGAAGUUCCAUUUUAUGAUAAUGCUGAAAAAGGAGUUUUUAUUCCAAUUGUCUAUCAUAAUGAGAAAAUUUGGGCAAGAUUUUCAGCUCAAAUCUAUACAGAACUAAGUGAUUUUAUAUAUGCUGCUGAUUGUUUCAGAGAAAGCUUUAAAAAGUUUUUAGAAAGUGAACUUUUUCAAGAAAAGUUUCACAAGAUUUAG